CACAGUUCCUUACACUCUCCCUCAUGCAGAAUGCGCUGUGCUGGCACGUUCAGCUCUGUGAAUAUGGCCCCUGCCACAGAAGACUGCAGCACACGCUGGGUGUGCAGGAGCCAACCUGCUCUUACCUCCUGUCCCAGUGGUGCCCUAUGCAGAUGUGUAUGCUGUGUAUGCCUAAGGACAGCCCUGCACCUCAGGAACCUCCUGCUGACACAACUGGCAGCUAGCUGAAGAAAACAAGGCCCUUCUCUCAACCUCCUGCCACUUCUCUUUGGCUGGCUGAAUGUAAGCAGGCAUGGAUGGGAAGAAAUGCAGCGUGUGGAUGUUUUUACCACUUGUGUUCACGCUGUUCACUUCCGCUGGGCUGUGGAUAGUAUAUUUUAUAGCUGUGGAAGAUAACAAAAUUAUUCCAUUAAACGUGCCAGAUCGGAAACCUGGUUCCAAAAGUCCCCCUUACAUAAGUAUUGCAGGUGAUGCACCCCCUGCAAGCUGUGUAUUUAGCCAAGUCAUGAACAUGGCAGCAUUUCUAGCACUUGUCGUUGCCGUUCUCCGCUUUAUACAGUUGAAGCCAAAAGCACUAAACCCCUGGCUGAAUGUCAGCGGACUGAUUGCGUUAUGCUUGGCCUCAUUUGGAAUGACCUUACUUGGCAACUUUCAGCUGUCCAGUGAUGAAGAAAUCCAUAAUGUCGGCACCUCCCUGACGUUCGGUUUUGGGACCCUGGCCUGCUGGAUUCAGGCUGCCUUGACACUCAAAAUAAACCUAAAGAAUGAAGGAAGAAAAGCUGGGAUUCCAAGAGUUGUCUUGUCAGCCACUAUAACCCUGUGUGUGGUCCUUUACUUCAUCCUGAUGAUACAGGGAAUCCAUAUGCACGCAGCCAGGAUCCAGUGGGGCUUGGUGAUGUGCUUCCUCUGCUACUUCGGCACCUUUGCUGUGGAGUUCAGACACUACAGAUUUGAGAUCAUUUGCUCCGAGUACCAGGAAAACUUUCUGAGCUUCUCCGAAAGCCCAUCUGAAGCCUCCGAGUAUCAAACAGAUCAGGUGUAGCCCUGCCCUCAUUACAUGGCAGGUGGGCUGGCAUGGUCACGAGAUUUAACCCACGACCUCAUUACAUUUUUUUUUACAAGUUCAUUUUCCAUGUACAGUCACAGAUGUAUUGCCAAAGGGCUCUGAGGGCAGGUGCUUAACAGCAGGGCAAAAAUGCAAGGACCUUUCUGAUCAAAUCUGAAAACACCCAUGUAUGUGUAAAGAAAGGCCGACUGCUAAGUUCGUGCUAGAGCUGUCUCUCCCCUCAACCCGUCCCAUUCAUCUUAGAAACAUCCUAAUUCUCACAAGGCCGCUGUCACGUAGGUCGUAUUAUCCCCAUUAUACAGCUGGGGAGACGACUUCUCCUGCAAUCAGACCACUAGACUGCACUUUCUCAGGUUUCAACUGGUUUUUAUUGCCUCGUUGUUGGACAGGGGUAGCUUGGUUGUGAAGUGAGGAAGAAUUACCAGCUGAUUUCAUGGCUGCUGGACUUGGAAUCAGUCAGUGGAAGAAGAGAGCACAAACAUACUGGCCCUUGCUUAAGGAUAGGCACUACUUCCCGUUUGGAAAGCAGGUAAAGGUGAGGCCUGGUUUGGGAAAAACUAGAUAACUAAAAAGGCAGUGAAACAGACAGUGGUGGUCAGCAACUUCCCACCUUGUUGUGGUACUGAGGCAGCCCACCUGCACCAAAGCGAAAAUAGAAAACGCAUCCCAACGCAGCAUGGGUGGGGCUGGGCUACAUCUCAGUGUGGUAUAGUCUGAGCAGCUGUGACCCACGGGCACAAACAGCACUGGGUUAAAAUGUGAAUGUUUCUUCUGCACAGUGGGGAUCAAGAGGGUGGGGUUUUUUUAUUUGUAGUGCUUCCAUAAAAUACUGUGUAUAAUAUUUAGAAAGCUGCUUUUAUCACCAUUUCUCAUUGACAAGGGAAACCUUGUCUGAGCUUAGUCUGAGUGAAGACUCUGGCUCAUGUCUGAUCAGAAUAUCAUAAAUUCAGGCAGAUUUUACUGGAUACAGGUUUAUUUUACUGCUUAUGCACUAACGGUGAAAUUCACCCUUUGCAGAGGCCUUUGCCUCAACUUACCUACCUAUGUGCCCAAUUCAGCAACGGACUCCGAUGGGUCGGAUCCCUGCAGAGCCCCAUUGAAGCCAAUGGCCGCUGGAAUCCACCUGUGCAGACUUUGUGGAAGGAUCAGGAUCAUAGGGCUUAAGUGUGACUUAAAUGGUGGACUGGCCAAGCUCUGGCCCUCUAUGUGGGGCUGAAUUCACCUCGAAAGUUCAGGCUAGUAAAGUAAUAGCUACAGGUAGAGAUGGCCAGACAAAAACCCCAACAGAACUCAGAAGAGCGUUCAUUCCAUUCCUAAAAGGAACAGUGCUAAACUGCCAAUGAUCUUGAGUCAAUGGCCAAAACUAGGAGACUGUUCAUAAUGUUAAAUAAAUACAGCUCAAAUUAUAGAGCAGGUUGAAAAUCCAGCAUUUCCAAAUCAAAAUUGUUUGGCUUUGAGGAGUUGUUUUUUGAGGAAAAGUCUAGAUUUUCUGCAGAAAGGACAUGCUUCACGAACAAUUUCAUUUUGACAAAAACCCAAUUUUCCACUGAAAAACAGUUUUGAUGGAAAAUUUUCAACCAGCCCUAUGAAACUGAUUACUUUGGGGCGGAUUCUACACUUGGUUACCCUGGUGUAAUUCCAGAGUAACUCCACUGAAUGCAGAGUUUACACCUGGCUGCAGAAUUUGGGCCUUCUCGCUUCUCAGCUAAGAGGUGAAAACAUUAUCUAAGAAUAUGAAAAAGUUAGCAGGACACUUUCAGGGAAGGGAAUGUGUGCGUGUGUUAGUCAUUAAAAUGGAAAUAGUGGUGGGAAGACUCGAAGUAACAAAGCCAAUCCACGUAUCUUUUCCUUUUCUUCACUGCCAGGGGAAGGUGAGACUGGUAGGAACGCAUAUAAAUGGAGAGUCUCACACACAUGUGCAUAUUGAGCAGAGAGUAGUAAGUUUUUGUUUAAAAAGUGUUUACUGUAAAUAGUCCACUGAGACAUUUUUUUAAAAUCAAAUAAUGCUUUUGUUUU